AGCUUGCUAGAACUGGCAAGGCAACUACUAGCAUAGAUGUCUUUGCUUUUGGGACAUUUAUGCUCGAAGUGGCUUGCGGACAAAAACCUCUACAGGUGCAAGGAUUGAAUGAUGAUAUGAUUUUGGUUCAGUGGGUUUUGGAAAAAUGCAAAGAAGGAGCAAUUCUUGAGGCAACUGAUCCGAGAUUGGGAGGUGAUUUUUUGGUAGAGGAAAUGGAGUUGGUUUUGAAGCUAGGUCUGCUUUGCUCGCACUAUAAUCUGGUGACUAGGCCUAGCAUGAGGCAAGUGAAGCAAUAUUUGGAUGGGGAAGUUAUCUUGCCCGAAGUAUUUAUGGAUAUUGCAAGAGUUGGCAUGGCUACAUUAUUUGGGAAUGAAGUUUUAAAAGAAUUUGUAAUGACAUUCCCUUUAUCAUCCUUGGGGAGUGUUUCUGCUGAUGCUCUGUUAGGUACUUCGUCACUGGUUGGCGUGGGAUGUUAA